AUGGCGGAGGAAGCGGAACGCUACCGCGCCCAAUCUUCCGCGGAGCCUGCGGAGCCCUCCGCAAGCGGGCCUGCGGAUCUUUCGGCGGCCGUGGCGGCAGAGGGGGCGACCGAAGACGGCGAUUCUCCAGGGGAAGGAGCUCCGACGGCUGCGCCGCCUUUCACGGCGGCAGCCACGGGAGGGGUGCCCGGAGAACGCGGCGAAGACAGCGGGGGCUUAACCGACGGCGGGAUCUGGACGCGCGAAUUUAGCGAGGAGGGUCCUGACGGGACGUUUCAUUUUCAAGUGGUGAAGCUGAACCAGCAGGUGUACGUGUGGGUGGGACUCAACACCGCAUCCCAUGGCAACGUCUACACUGCAAUCCCCACCAGAUUCGACCCCAUGCCGCUCGUCACGCCUCUGAUUGGUGGCGGUGCGGAGGGUGCCUCUGCAACCAUGGCCGCCAGAUUAAGUGAGUGCAGAGGCGGGAGCUGUCAAAAGCGGACAGGUGGGCUGCGGAGGCCAGAUUAA